AUGCAAAACUCAGUCUACGAAACUGCCGCCAGCGCAGUCCAAGCCCGGAAUCGCAUCCGCAGCCACAUCUACCAAACACCCCUCAUUCCAGCCCGAGCACAAGGCAAAUCCAAUGGCGCAAAGGUGCUAUUCAAAGCAGAGAACUUCCAAUUAACAGGAUCGUUCAAGAUCCGAGGCGCAAUGUCCAAGAUGUCAGGUCACCCAGCGAACGGGCGAUUAAUAACAGCCUCGUCCGGUAACCAUGGGAUAGGCGCCGCAUGUGGAGCGCAGGCAUUGUCCAAAGAUCUCACUGUUGUCCUCCCGGAAACGGUGGUGCCUGCGAAACUGGAGAAAAUUAAGUCCUACGGGGUGAAUGUUAUUCUGCAUGGAGCUGAAACUGGUCUUGCUGAACAACAUGCCCAACGGCUUGCUGUUGAGGAAAAGUAUACUUAUAUUUCGCCGUACAAUGAUCCUGAUAUUAUUGCCGGGCAAGGGACUAUUGGAUUGGAGAUUCUCGAGCAGUGUGAUCAAGUGGAUAAUGUUUUCGUCUCCAUGGGUGGCGGUGGAUUGAUUAGCGGUAUUGGGGCGGUGAUGAAGGCGUUCAGUCCACGUACGAAGAUCUAUGGUGUUUCUGCGAUUAAUUCCAAAGCUCUCGCCGAGUCUAUGGCUGCGGGCCAUGUAGUUGAAACGGAGCAUAGGGAUACUCUGGCUGAUGCCGUUGCUGGAGGCAUCGAUACGGAUACGAUCACACUUCCGCUGGCAAUGUCUGUGGUGGAUCAUGUGCUUGAAUGUGACGAGGAUGAGAUUAAAGCUGCCUUGAAGAUUAUGGCGUUCGAGGAAAAUAUGAAUGUCGAAGGCUCUGCAGCUCUGGUUUUGGCCGGCUUUAAUAAGGUCGCACAACAGCUCACCAACCAAACCAGUGUUAUUGUCUUGUGCGGUGCGAACUUUGACCAGGGUGUAUUUAAAAGUGUGAUUCUGGAUCUUUAG